AUGCAAGGGCUUGUUCAUUACUCCGGCGAUUCCUCUCCUGAACCUGAACAAUCUUCGAAUCAGCCAGGUCCAUCCCGACUGAGGGAUCAACCUACGACAGCUUCACCCUCCCUCCUUUACAAGGCUAAAACGCGUCCACCAUCCGGUAUAGUUCUAACCCCACGAUCACCUAAAAGACCCCGUAGAUCCUCUCCUGGAAUAUCCACUACUUCUCUUUCUGGAAAUUCAACUCCAAAAGGCAAACAACCGUCAACACCAGUACCUGAAAAUCUCACCCAUACCGCUCAGUCUCAGCUUGCGUCAUCAAGCAAGCAAUCUUCCAAGUGGGGCGUGGACUUCGAGGGUCUGAACGAAGAUGAGAUUUUCAAGAUUGUGACUACGCCCGAUGAUAUUGAGGGAGUGGACGAUUGGGGAAUACCUCCAGAAGUAGACCCAAAGGAGGCAGACGAGACUUUGAGAUCAAAAGUAGAACAUUUCUUGAAGUUGAAAUACGAAAGAGGGGAACAUAUAAAUACUAGAUUAUUGUCGAGUUCGGCUUUUGCCAAUCCGCACAUCUACUCCAAGCUGGUCGAAUUUGUCUCUAUCAGCGAACGAUCCUCCAACUUCCCUUCUUCCGGCUGGCUUACUCGCCGUAAUUUGGAAGGUCUAAUCCCUACGUACGGACCUGAAGCUUUAUCGUCUCAGCAGAAAGCUAAGCAGGAAGCUGUGAAAGCCAGUCAGGCGAUAGGACAGAGAAGGGAAAUAACGUUCGCUCCUGCCAAGCAUAAAGACAAGGAGAGAGAUAGAGGGAAGGAUAGGAAUGGGUGGGAUAAAGAUGAGAAGCGCAGUCAUAAACAUGGUCAUGGUCAUAAGGAUCGGGAUAGACAAAGGGAUAGAGAUAGAGAUAGAGAUAGGAAGAGGGAUAGAGAUAGAAGGUGA